UGUGUGACUUCAGACGUGAUUAGUUUGUAUGUCACACACACACAGAGAGAGAGAGAGAGAGAGAGAGUAUUGAUCCGGACUGUGGGUCUAACACUUUGAUGACAUUCACCAACGAGCUAACAGGCUAACAGGCUAAGUUUAAUUAGCUCCUGCUUUGUUCAUCCUCCUCUUCAUCAUCCUCUGAGGACCAUGAGGAAGGUCGCUCUGCUGCUGCUGCUGCUCCUCGGAGUCUCUCUCUUUGUGACCGUCAGCCGAUGUGAAGAAGAUGCUACAGAGGAGAAGGAGGAGGCUGAUGAAGAGGACAGUGAUGAUGAUGAGGAAGAUGAGGAUGAAGAUGACACGGUGGUGAAAGAAGAGAACGGGGUGCUGAUUCUCAACGACAACAACUACGACACGUUCAUAGAAGGGAAAGACACUGUUUUAGUUGAGUUCUAUGCUCCAUGGUGCGGCCAUUGCAAAUCGUUUGCCCCAGAGUAUGAAAAAAUCGCUCAGACUCUCAAGGAGAACGACCCUCCGAUACACGUAGCCAAAGUGGACGCUACGAUAGCCAGCGGGUUGGCCACCCGGUUCGAGGUGUCGGGCUAUCCCACUAUCAAGAUCCUGAAAAAUGGAGAGGCGGUGGACUACGAAGGAGACAGGACGCAGAAAGCGAUUGUGGAUCGGGUGACAGAGGUAGCUCAGCCAGGCUGGAAGCCUCCACCUGAGGCCACACUAGUGCUGACCAAUGACAACUUUGAUGAGACGGUGAACAACGCAGACAUCAUCCUGGUGGAGUUCUACGCCCCAUGGUGUGGACACUGUAAGCGUUUGGCUCCAGAGUACGAGAAGGCGGCCAAGGAGCUGAGCCAGCGCUCUCCUCCCAUUCCUCUGGCUAAGGUGGACGCCACCGUCGAGAGCGAGGUCGCCACACGCUUUGGAGUUACGGGGUAUCCCAGCCUCAAGAUCUUCAGGAAGGGCAAGGUGUUUGACUACAACGGACCCAGAGAGAAUUAUGGCAUUGUUGAAUACAUGGGUGAGCAGGCGGGACCUCCCUCCAAACAGGUCCAGGCAGGAAAGCAGGUGCAGGAGCUCAUCAAGGAUGGCGACGACGGCGUCAUCGUUGGCGUGUUCUCCAGCGACGAGGACGCAGCUUAUGAGAUCUACAUCGAGGCCUGUAACGCUCUCAGGGAAGACUUCACCUUCCGUCACACCUUCAGCUCCGAAGUGGCCAAACUGCUCAAAGCGUCACCGGGUCAGGUCGUCAUCACUCAGCCUGAAAAGUUCCGCUCCAAGUAUGAGCCAGCGUCACACACGCUCGCAGUCGAGGAAUCCACAUCCGUGUCAGAGGUGCAGGAGUUCUUCAAAAAGCAUGUGAUUCCUCUGGUGGGCCACAGGAAACCAAGCAACGAUGCUAAACGUUACACCAAACGACCCCUGGUGGUUGUGUACUACGGAAUCGACUUCAGCUUCGACUACAGGAAAGCCACUCAGUUCUGGAGGUCCAAGGUGCUUGACGUGGCCAAAGCCUUCCCAGAGUACACGUUUGCCAUAGCUGAUGAGGAAGACUACGCAGAAGAGCUGAAGAGCCUCGGCCUGAGUGAUAGCGGAGAGGAAGUAAACGUGGGAAUUCUGGCCGACGGAGGCAAGAAGUUUGCCAUGGAGCCCGAGGAGUUCGACUCUGAGGUGCUGCACGACUUUGUUAUUGCAUUUAAGAAAGGAAAGCUCAAACCCAUCAUCAAGUCCCAGCCAGUGCCAAAGAACAACAAAGGACCUGUGAAGGUCGUGGUAGGAAAAACCUUUGACGAGAUCGUCAUGGAUACUAAGAAAGACGUCCUGAUUGAGUUCUACGCCCCCUGGUGCGGCCACUGCAAGAAACUGGAGCCUGAUUAUUUGGCUCUGGGCAAAAAGUACAAAGGGGAGAAGGACCUGGUGAUCGCCAAGAUGGACGCCUCCGCCAACGACGUGCCAAACGAGAGCUACAAAACGGAGGGCUUCCCCACGAUAUACUUUGCCCCAAGUAACAACAAGCAGAGCCCCGUCAAACUGGAAGGGGGAGACAGAACAGUGGAGGCACUGAGUAAGUUUGUGGAAAAGCACGCCACAAAGCUAUCACAGCAGAGAGAUGAGCUUUGAGACGCCUGCUCCUGACCAGUAGCUUAAGAACUCUUACUGUGCUCGGGCAGAGACUUGGAGGACCCUGAGGGGAGGACCCGGAGGGGAGGGGCCUCUGAGAGGUUUAACGGUGUUACUGAGUUGCUGUGAUGAUAAUCACGUUCAAUUUUCAUUUUAGUUUCUGUUCAUUCCAAGAGAUUCAGCUUCUGUUUCUAAAAGCAUGUAAGCACUGUUGAAGAUUUAAGUCUUUUUAAAUAAAACUGAAAAUGAUGGCGGCUCCGCGUGCCAAAACAAA